GUUCAAAAGCGAAACAGUAACACCGUCGGCGCGGUCGGUUGUUGUGCGUACAUACGAUAGUCGCGCGCGCUACGUGAUAACGCUGUUUCAGCAGGCGCCAGUGAGCUAGCAGACCUAGGCGCGAUUUCAUAAAAGGAGCCCGGAUAUUAUCGCGCGGAGUCGCUCAUCGCUCGCGUCAAACCGUCGGCCGCUUACUGCCUUGCCCGGGUAGAGACAAAAUGCGUCCUACACUCGCAACCACUGCCGCGGGCCUCUGCGUCGCAUUACUGCUGUUGGGUGGCCAGCCGCAGGGGCCGACGGGAUGUCUCGCGGAGAUACGCGAGGCGUGGAGCUACGUCAAGGUGCGCGAGCACGCGUACAUGUUCUGGUGGCUCAUGUUCGCCGACACCCCCGAAUACCAGGCGGCGCCACUCAUCAUCUGGCUUCAGGGCGGUCCAGGUGCCUCUUCGGCCGGCUUUGGGAACUUCGCCGAGAUAGGACCCUUGGACGUCCAGCUGUUGCCGAGGAACCACAGCUGGGUGCGUUUCGCCAACUUGCUGUUCGUGGACAACCCCGUCGGAUCGGGCUACAGCUUCGUGACCAACGAGACGGGCUUCGCGGUCAACAACUCGCAGAUCGCCUCCGACCUGGUCACCAUGAUCUCCGUGUUCCUCGCAAAGAUGCCGGAGUUCCAGAACGUGCCUCUAUACAUAUUCAGCGAGUCCUACGGCGGCAAGAUGGCCGCCGAAUUCGCCCUCCAGCUUUACAAGGCCCAUGCUAGUGGCAAGGUGUUGUGCAAGCUGUCUGGCGUCGCACUCGGGGACGGCUGGCUGUCGCCGUUGGACUCAACGUCAACGUGGGGACAAUACCUGUACACUAUGUCUUUCCUGGACAAGACCAACCUGAUGACGCUGAACAAAGUGGUGGGCGAGAUCCGUCAAGCCCUGGUCGCGAAGGACGGAGCCAAGGCGACGUCCUUGUGGGCCUCGGCAGAAGACAUAGUCGAACAGCUGACGAAUGGCAUCGAUUGGUACAACAUCCUACUGCCCCAGCAAGAACAACCGGCCUCUCUGGGGGCAGUGUCCCUGCCGUCUGACAAAACAAUCGGCCGCGCAUUCGUCCGCCAUGUGGCGCACUUCUACAACAUAUUCAUUGGCACCCUGACCGAGCUUAUGAAUGGACCAAUCAAGGAGAAGCUCGGCAGCAUCCCAAAGAACGUCACCUGGGGAGGUCAGUCAGGUGCAGUCUUCCAGGCACUGAAAGCCGACUUCAUGCUGCCGGCUGUUGACGCAGUGGACAGGUUGCUGAAUGAGACUGACGUCACGGUGGCUGUUUAUAGCGGGCAGCUGGACCUCAUCGUCGAUGCUCUCGGAACGCUGCAGUGGAUGGAGCAGCUCAGGUGGCCAGGCAUGAAGGAAUUCCAAGCGACGGCCAAGAAGCCCAUGGUAGUCGAAGGCGAGGCUGCCGGCUACUACAAGUCCUUCAAGAACCUCACCCUCUACUGGGUCCUCAAGGCAGGGCACAUGGUUCCAGCUGACGCACCGCUGGCAGCCCAGUCAAUGGCCCGCCACAUCACCAUGGGGAAGUGGUGAUGAAAACUAAGAAGCCAUCAGCAACCGCAAACAGUGGUCAAAUAAGCUUUCACUUCAUCGUCACCACCACUUCCUUCCAAAAAAGACUCAUCACACGAGGAGGAAACUCGAAGCCAUUUAUUGUCGCCACUGCCGCGUCAUCGCCCGAACCCCGCGGGCACCCCACAAGCUCGCCCGACACACAACAUGUAGACACUGGUCUGCCUGGCAACACGAUUGCGGAGGAGACCCGUGCCCUUGGGUACCUUUCGGUGAUACAAGCGAUCAUUAAAAGUACAUGUUCAGAGAUGA